UUGCAUUUAUCAACAAUGAUGAAAACGUUGAGCGGCCACACGAAACCGGCCGACUCUUUGAGGAAGAUCAGCCCUCGUCUCCGCGGAUGAGAAAUGACGGAAAUCAGGGAAAUCGAGUUGGCUGAAGUGCGACAGCACAACACCGAAGAGUCCCUCUGGAUUGUGAUUCGAGGAGAAGUCUUCGACGUCACAAAAUUCGUCAAGGAACACCCUGGCGGUGGUGACCAGCUGCUGGGGGUCGCGGGCAAGGACGCCACCAAGGACUUCAACAAUGUGGGCCACUCGAAAGAUGCGCGUGACAUGCUGACUCAAUUCAAAAUCGGCGUGCUCACUAGCAAAGACAAUUUAGAAACGUCCAACAGUUCACCGUCAAAGGAAAAGGAAAAAGCAAAGUCAUGCUGCAUUAUUCAGUGAAAUCGGAUCGGUUCAUUAUAGUGUGUUGCGACAUUUGGCCUGUAAUCUGACUGUUAAUUUAUCACAAAGUUUAAUUAAUAUUUAUACAGACUUAUUUUCUGUGUAUAUUAUUAUUCCUCAAAAUGAAAGCAUCAAUAAAGUGGACCUGGAGUCUUUCGUUAAUUCGAAAUAAAAAGAUUUUAACUUUGAA